AUGGUCAAAAGAAAAGCCAAAGAAAUUGGAGAUGAAAUUCCUGUACGUGUAGAACCUCGAAGAUCCAGUCGACAGAAAACAAACAACAACAAUAACAAUAAUGAGAGCUUGAAGGAAGAGACUACAACUUCAUCAACUUCUCAAGCUUCAAGCCGGAAUAAGGAGAACAAGAAGAAGGUGGCAAAUGGGAACCCCACAAGAGUUGCUGAGGUCAACGGAGAAGUUACUGCGCCAAAAUCAAAUACUAAUUCUAUCAAAUCUACCCAAUCAUCUCUACUAAAUGGCACCGAACCUACAUCAACGGCCGUCUCAUCAGCAGAGUCCUCAACACGUCAAUAUUGGCUCAUGAAAGCUGAACCAGAAUCACGUAUUGAAAAAGGUCAUGAUAUUAAAUUCUCCAUUGAUGAUUUGGCAGCGAAGACUGAACCAGAGCCUUGGGAUGUCUCAGCACAUGACCCCACCGCCCCAUAUUAUGAUUCUAAAUCAUCACCGGAUGAUCCCAAGUGGAGUGUAGUACACGUUGAAUUCCGCCAGAAACUCAAAACUCCUAUCACGCUCAAGGAAAUCAAAGCCUGGUUUGAAGAAAAGGGAAAUGCUCUGAAUAACAUGCAAAUGUUGAAACUUGCACGAUUGAGUGUGAGUAAAGUAAGUAGUGAUGAGUGGAGAUUUCUGGUAGGUGAAAUGGAGAAGAAUGGAGAUGUGGUUAGGGAGUAG